AUGUCCGCUCCUGAGAUCGAUAUCCUCACCAAAGAGGUAUUACCCGAAAGUGAGUUGAAAGAUGGUCAAAUGAAAACAGUUGAGUUUGGAGAAGGUAAAGUUCUGCUCUCCAAAAUCAAGGGAAAGAUUUAUGCCACAUCUGCUUUUUGCACACAUUACGGUGCUCCUCUAGAGAAGGGCGUCAUCUCACAUGAUGGCAGAGUUGUAUGUCCCUGGCACGGAGCUUGCUUCAACGUCUGUACCGGUGACAUUGAAGAUGCACCAGGAUUAGACAGUCUUUGGAAGUUUUCUGCAUCAGUAAAAGAUGGUCAAAUUGUUGUGUCAGCAAAUCAACAAGAAGUAAAAUCUAAAAUCGGUAGAAUCGUUCCUAAAGCUAGAACAAAGGGUGCAGGUAGGAAAGAAAGUGAGACUGUGGUAAUUGUUGGUGGUGGUUCAGGUGGAAUCCAUACUGUGGAGAGUUUAAGGAUGAACGAUUUCCAAGGUGAUAUUGUCAUGAUCUCUGAAGAAACUUAUGCCCCUAUCGAUAGAACCAAAAUGUCAAAGGGUCUCGUCGACGAUGCUGAGAAACUUCAAUGGCGUAAACCUGAGGAAUUGAAGAGCGACUUUGGAGUGGAAUUCCAUCCCGGUACAUCCGUCACAAAAGUCGAUCUUGCCGCUUCAAGCGUCACAACAUCUUCAGGAUCUACACACAAAUACGACCAUCUUGUCUUGGCACCAGGUGCCAAACCUAAGAAAAUCCCAAUCGAAGGCGCAGAUCUCGAUGGAAUCGUAACUCUUCGUUAUGUUCAAGAUACCAAGAAAAUCACUUCUGCCAUCACUAAGGACUCCGAUAUAGUUCUGAUCGGUACCAGUUUCAUCUCAAUGGAAGCUGCCAGUGCUAUCCUUAAGAAGGAACCCAAAUCAGUCACUUUGGUAGGAAUGGAUGAAACUCCAUUCGAAAAGAUAUUAGGCAAAGAUAUCGGCAACGCUGUGAUGGAAAACAUGAAGAAACAAGGUAUCAAAUUCUACAUGAAAGCCGAAAUUGAGAAGAUUGCUCCUUCUGAGUCAAACCCUUCCCACGUCGGAUCCAUUCAUGUUAAAGGUCAGGACCCCAUACCAGCCAAUUUAGUCAUCAUGGGAACCGGAGUCGCUCCAGCCACCAAGUUCCUCGAGGGCGUAAUCCCACUUGAAGAGGAUGGCGGUGUUAAAGUAGAUGAAUACCUCAGAAUUCAAGGACACAAGAAUGUCUACGCCAUUGGAGAUAUUGCUCAUUACGUUCAAUACCCUGACAAAUUCCCUCGACGUGUUGAACACUGGAAUGUUGCAGGUAAUCACGGUCGAGAAGUCGCCCAUAACAUCGCUCAUCCAGAUGAUCAAGUCGCCUAUACCAAAGUACCUAUCUUCUGGUCCUCUAUUGGUAAAGGUCUAAGGUACCUCGGUACAGGUGCAGGAUUCGAUGAUUCUUACACUGAUGGGAAUGUUGACGAACUUAAAUUCGCAACGUACCAAGCUAAAAAUGGUAAGAUCACUGCUGUAGCGACAAUGCAAAGAGAUCCGAUUGUUUCCAAAGCAAAUGAGUUAAUGAGAUUGGAUAUCAUGCCUUCGCUUGAGGAAAUCAAGAACGGCAGGAACAUCUUGGAAAUCGAAUUAAUCGAUAAGGGACAGAACAAAGUAUAA